AGCGGAAGUUUCAUGUCACCACGGACACCAGGUGGUAAACACAAUUAACUUUAAGGCUGCAGUGACAACAACGGAAUGGCUGCAUUUUAAAUAUGUCGAACCGUGAUCCAUUCCCCUUUCCGAAACUAGAGAACGACUUCACUCUGGGCGGCUAUAGACCACAACAGAAACAAACAUACGACAAGCCUACUCACAUAGCCCAACUGGAAGAACCCUGGGGGCGCCUCCAUGAUGCAGCAACAUUGGCGAGCACCCGGCGAAGUGCAAUGCACAAUGAAGAGCACGGGGUUCCACACGACAGCCUUGACUUGCAGCUCAAGUCCAUCUUUGACCAACACAAAGACUUGUUUUGGAGAAAGAAUCAGGUUUUAUACCAAAGGGAGACGAUCUGUGAUGACAACAGGAUCACAGAAGUGGCUGGAGCUUAUCCCAGCUGCAUUCGGGCGAAAGGCGCGGUACACCUUGGACAAGUCGCCACCUCAUCGCAUGGCCAACACAGAUAGACAGACAACAUUCACACACUACGGCCAAUUUAGUGUUGCCUCCCGAGUGUAAGUCAUGCAUUCCUGCAUCUACACGUGUGUAUGAAUCCAGAGAACAUGCAAAUGUAUUGCACAUUGAAGGACUUUUUCACGCAAGUACAAUCGCUACACUGUGUAACGCUGCAUUUUUGUUCUAAGGGCCCCAUUUCCAGAAAGCUAAAAACCAUGGGGGCCAAACUUCUUCAUUCACUAUUAUACUUAUUUUGAAAACCAGAAUCAUUUGUAGUGCUCAUUUGGUUUUGGUCUAUUUCUUUUGUCAGAGUUACACAUUUCAGAAAAAAUUGCGCCGUUGUGC